CUGGUGGUUGUGCUGCUUUUUGUCUGAUUUUGUCUGCCGAUUAUUCGAAGAUGGUUCAGUGAUUGUCAAUGUGUAAUGCAGUGAACAUUUGCCUUUGAACGGAGAACACCUUAAGCAGCAUCAAGCAUGGAUGGUUAUUUGAGAAUCGAGCAGCACCGGCCACCGAACGCCUUCCUACCGAGUGAAGAUGGCGGAAAUCCAAGAUGGCGGCGGAUGAGGUCGCCAGGCGUGGGUCGUGCCGGUCGUGCAUCGACUCGGUCACUCGCGAGGCAGUGAAAUGGAAGCAGCACCAAGCUGUCAAAGACGAUAUACACUAAAUUUUUCGUUUUUUGAAGUGCUGCAGUCGGUUGGCGCCAAAAAAGACGAGUCAUAUGAAUGGAAGGACGUAAUUAUGCUGUUUCUUCGAUACUUGGCGAGGAGGAAGCCAAGUCUUUUCGACCCGAUGAAUAAGAGUCGGGUGGUGUGCCAGGAUGACCCGCUCGGCAGGGUCUUCGGGGUGGCCUCGUUCACGAAGGACGAGACACGGCUGCUGGUGCGGCAGCAGCUGUGCCUGGUGGAGGACGAGGCCCUGAUGGCCAGCCUGCCGCCGCUGCCGCCGCCGGGCCUGGAGCCGGGCGAGCAGGUGAAACGCGGCCCGACAGACCCCGACGCCGACGACCCGGACAGCAAACGGAGUCGGUCCGAGGCGGGCGCGGCGGCGUCCGCUCCGGCUCCGGCUCCGGCGGCGGGCGCGGGCCCGUCGUCAGGACCGGGCCCGUCGGUCACCGCCGACCUCCAGCGGAUGGACACGCUAGAGGCUACCGACGGUGCCAUGGAGGAGACCAGAGAGACCGAGACCGAUUAUGACGAGGCCGGAGACCACCGCCGCACGUACGCCCAGGAGCUGGAACCGGUCGACUGCACCGACUACGACUCCGACGGCUUCUCUUCAUCAGGGGAGGAGUCGGACGUCGAGUCGCCGCUGCACCUGACGGUGAUGGCCGUCUGGAUGGACGACGUCGGCAUGAUGGCCGACAUGGAGACCUCCGAGUCGGACGCCGAGAACGCCGACACGUGGGUGUGCGCCGCGCCCAAGUGCCGCACCACCAAUAAGGCCAGAAAGUCGCGCUGCGACCACUGCUGGAAGAUGCGCCCGGACUGGGUGGUCGGUCCCCGACGCAAGCGGCAGCGGCGCCGGCAGCGCGCCGGCCUCUCGGAGAAGAUGAGACGCACGACCUCCACGGUCGCCGCGUCCUCGGCGACGGCCAGCGCGAGUCCACAGGACUCUGUGGACACCGGCUUCGGCGGCUCUCAGGACGGGGCCUCGACGACGGCCGACCAGACCUGCAUCAUCUGCUGUGAAAAGAGCCGCGACGCAGCCAUCAUUCACGGCCUCACCGGGUGUCAGGUAACGUGCUACACGUGCGCGCGCAAACUGUGGAAAAAGAAAGAUCUGUGCCCGUCGUGUCGGCGGAGUAUUGAGAAAAUCGUGUACUUGCGUUUCGGGUGAUGGGGGGUGAGGUGUCGGCUCUGUCGGCGGGACUGCCAGGCGUCGCUCGGCGCCGGCGGAGCACGGCUGAAUGGGGUUCUUCUGGCCGCGGAAAGAAGUAUUAUCUGUGAUCGGCAGACCGGCGACUUGAAGGGUGUUCGGCCGGGACUUUGCUGAUGUUUAGUUUAUAGGUGUCGUGUGUGUACAGCGUGUGUCUUUGGCUGUUCUUGGUUCAUUUAGUGGUUGCGUAUUGGUUGCUGACAAUUUGGGGCUAUUCUGGGCUAUCAUGGCGUGAUGCUAAUGCUAUUUAAGCUAGGUGUGUGAGACAGGUUUCUGGGUAAUGUUUCCUUCAACAUUGACAAGAGGAUGUAAGACGGACUGGCCGCGAUGGCAGGUUCAAUGUCUAUUAUACAGAAGCUAUUAUUCAAAUCAAUUCUUUAUUCAUUUACGGGUAGUUUGAUCUCUCUCAGAAACCGUUCAGUUUUUCCUACGUUUUUUCAAUUGAUUUUCCCACAAUGCGUCGCCAAGUUACCACUGCGGUUAGAACAGCAGUGAUAAGCUUUUUCGUCGGAGUGUUCAAACUGGCACCAGCAUCCUUCAAGUCGCCGGUUCUGUCUGAUGUGUCGGUUUUGUAAAUCCCGCGCCGUCGGCUGUGCUGGGUUGAACGUGCAAACAAAGUUUUAAUUCGCUACACGCCGUAGCAGCAAGCUCCUGUUUACUAAUUCAUGAACAUUUUAAAUUGAUGCUUUUCAAUUAUAAUGUUCAUUGAUUGACUGAUGUGUAAUGCCUGUGUAACGGCUACUGACUACAGCAUAGCCCUCACCCGCCAAAGAUUGAGUCGCGGAAGCACGCUGUUGGUUUUCGGUCAGCUGUAGUCUUACAUCAGGAGCUAGGUAGCAACAUCAAUGGUGCAGAUGACGAAAAAAAAUUGUGAAUAAAGGUAGAAACGUUCCGUAUGAGUGACUUGUCGUUAGUGUGAGUGAAUUGCAGUCCUCUUCUCUCUGCGUGGUAGGUAUUUGUAUUUCGACAAACCAGAGAAUCGCGCCAAAGCUCUGUUACCAGUCACUCGGAACUCAUAGCACAGAGACGCGGGAUGCUCAACGCCAAAGAUUGAGCCCGCUAUUGGCAUCACUCUCAACGGGUAAAAAAUAUGCAUUCUGCCAAAUGCAGGCUUGUGCCUUUUGUUGCUGCACUGCGUGGAGGUCGAUGUCAAUGCUGGGCUCAAUUUUUGGUGUUGCGUUCCAGCGUCCCCAUGCUGUGAGUUCCGAGCGACUGGUAGCAAAGUUUUAGCACUGUUUUCGGUUUUGUCGAGAUACAAAUGCCUACCGCGCAGUGAGACGAGAGCUACAUAUGCCUUUGCCUUAUAUUAUAUCUAAACAAACUAAAAAAAAAUGUAGGCUUCGCACUUGUCAUUCAGGUAGUGAUUUAUGAAAAAUCGGAACAUGCAUGAUCGAUAAGCUCCGUCCUGUUAAAAUUUAAGCCGAACUGCGUAUAAAAUCAAUGGAGUAACAUAGAUAAAAGUGCACCGAUAAACCUAAAGAAAAAAAAUGUAGAUGAUAUAUGCAGCAUCCCUGCCGUGCUGGUGCGUCCGUGGUAGAUGUAGUGUAGGUACUAGCGUGGGAAUGUAGUGAGAUCAGGUAUUGGGUAGCGAUAAAAAUGAUAAACUGUCGUAUGUACCAUUGAUGUAGCUGGUUGGCUCGUUUUGUCUGAUACAUGCGACCGAAAGACGGCACCGUGCUUCAUGUGAUGGUGAAUUGAACGCCGGCCGGCUUGUGAAUGUACAGGCGCACGCUGCGCUGCCCAAUAUCAGCUCACCGAAUUGCAUCUGUAUAGUAAUCAGUUGCCAUCAUUAGCCUAGCAUUCACCUUCGUUGUUAUUGGAUUUGCCUUUUUCGCUGAAGGUUGGGAAGUUAACAGAUUCUCCCUGGUGAAGUGGAUGCUUCAUUAGUUGCUCUGUGUGAAGCUUGUGAAAUACCACAAAUAACAAACAAUACACUCUUCACAGGA